AUGCCCAAACCCACCCUCUCCUCGCUCCGCGCCCUCGCCCGUCCAACGCCGACCUUCCGCAGCAGGCCUCUGACCGCCCUCAUCCUCAACAACGCCCACCGCCGCCGCACCCUCACCUCCGCCGCCGAAAUCCAAUUCGGCCAACCACUCCACGAAACCCACCCACACCUAAUCAAACCGGGCGACCUCACACCCGGCAUCUCCGCGCUAGAAUACCAUCACCGCCGCGCCGCCCUCGCUCGGAAACUCCCCCGCAACAGCGCCGCGAUCCUGCUCGCCGCGCCGGUCAAAUACCGCUCCGGCGCCGUCUUCUACGAAUACCACCAGGACUCGAAUUUCUUCUACCUGACGGGGUUCAACGAGCCGGAGGCGCUGGCGGUGAUCGAGAAGGGGAAUAGCGAUGUGGAGUAUACGUUUCACUUGUUCGUGAGGGGCAAGGAUGAGCGGGCGGAGCUGUGGGAUGGGGCGCGGAGCGGGGUGCAGGCGGCGCAGGAUGUGUUUAAUGCGGAUGAGGUGGGGGAUGUGGAGGAUGUGGGGACGUUGGUGCCGGAGGUGGUGGGGCGGUGUCGGAGUGUGUUUACGGAUGUUGGGUUUGGGGCGGCGGUGGGGAAGAGGGGCCCGCUGCAGAGGUUGGUUGGGGGUAGAGCUGGGGAGGAGGAGAAGGUGGAUGGGUUGGCGAGGUUGUUGAGGGAUCGGAAUGUGAAGGCGCUGAGGCCUUUGGUGAAUGAGUUGAGGGUGGAUAAGAGCGAGGCGGAGUUGAAUUGUAUGCGCUUGGCGGGGAGUGUGUCGGGGGCGGUGUUGACCGAGGCGAUGAAGAGCACGCCGAGGAGUGAGAAGCAGCUGUGGGCGGAUUUGGGGUAUGGGUAUAGGACGAAUGGGCUGGACGGGGAGGCAUAUGUGCCUGUCAUUGCUGGUGGGAGGAAUGCGUUGAGUAUACAUUACGUGCGCAACGAUGCUCUGCUCAAGGAUGGCGAGGUGGUGUUGGUGGAUGCUGGGGGCGAGUACGGUGGGUAUAUCACAGACAUCACGCGGACGUGGCCGGUCAACGGACGGUAUACGGAUGCACAACGAGACAUGUACAACAUGAUCCUUGCCGUGCAGAAGAGCUGCGUGAGCAUGUGCAGAGAAGACGCCGAUGUGACGCUGGACAAGCUGCAUAGGAUUUGCGAGGACGGGUUACGAGAAGGUCUGAAAUCGUUAAGAUUCAACGUUGCCGGCGAUGCGUUGGACAAACUCUUCCCUCACCACGUCGGCCACUAUAUCGGCCUAGACGUGCACGAUGCGCCAGGAUAUCCACGGACAGACCUCUUAAAAGCGAACCAAUGCAUCACCAUCGAGCCGGGCAUCUACGUUCCAGACGACACCAGGUGGCCGGCACAUUUCCGAGGACUGGGCAUCAGGAUAGAAGAUUCAGUGGUGAUAGGCGCCGAGAGACCAGAGGUACUGACGAGAACAGCCGUCAAGGAAGUGGCGGAAAUAGAAGCAUUGAGAAGAAAUAGAUGA